AUGGCUGUUUCAACGGUCCACCAUCAAGAGUCCUCAAUUUCUCGAUACACUUAUCAUGUAUUCUUGAGUUUUAGAGGUGCAGAUACGCGUAAGAACUUUACAGAUCACCUUUACAUGGCUUUGGUGCAAGCAGGGAUUCACACAUUUAGAGAUGAUGAUGAAAUUGAGAGAGGAGAGAACAUAAGAGAUAAGAUUGAAAGAGCACUGCAAGAGUCAAAAAUAUUUAUCAUUGUCUUCUCAAAGAAUUAUGCCUCAUCAACAUGGUGCCUUAACGAACUUGUAAAGAUAAUGGAGCAUAGGAAAUUCUCCAAACACAUUGUUUUGCCAAUUUUCUAUGACGUGAAUCCAUCUCAAGUGAAGAAGCAGACAGGGAGUUUUGCAGAAGCGUUUGCUACACAUGAAGAGAGCUUCAAGUCUGAGAUGGACAUGGUACAAAGAUGGAGGGCUGCUUUAAGAGAAGUUGCGGAUUUGGGAGGCAUGCUUCUGGAAGAUAGGCAUGAAUCACAGUUCAUUCAAGAUAUUAUUACACAAGUUGAAAAUAAACUCCAUCGGACUACUUUACAUGUCCCUCCGUAUUUAGUUGGAAUAGAUUUUCUCGUGACACGCAUUAGUUGGUGGUUAGGAGAUGAAUCAAAUAAGGUUGGCAUAGCAACAAUUUGCGGAAUUGGAGGGAUUGGGAAGACAACCAUUGCCAAAGUUGUUUACAAUCUUAACGUCCAAAGAUUUGAAAGUUGCAGUUUCCUUGCUAAUGUUAGAGAGACUACUGAAGAACGCAAUGGCCUGGUUCAUUUGCAAAGACAACUUAUUUCAGAUAUCUUGAAAGGGAAAGCAAAAAAAAUAUACAAUUCAGACGAUGGAAUCAUUAAGAUUAAAGAAGCCAUACGUCGUAGACGUGUGCUUCUUGUCCUAGACGAUGUGGAUGAUUCAGAAAAAAUAACUGAAAUAAUUGGAGCGAAAAUUCCUUUUCAUCCAGGAAGUAAAAUCAUUAUAACUAGCAGGCAUCGAUGUCUACUGAGUGAUCCUUUUAUUAGGCACAUGUUUGAUCUUGAAGCAUCAUCAAGUUAUGGAGACUUAUGCAAGGUAUUUGAGGUAAAAGAAUUAGCUUUCAAUGAAUCACUUCAACUUUUUGAUUGGUAUGCCUUCGGACAGAAUGAUCCAAUUGACAGUUAUAUGGAAUACGCAAAGAGUAUAGUAAACCACUGUGGUGGGCUUCCAUUAGCUCUUCAAGUUUUAGGUUCUUCUCUGUCUGGUAAAAGUAUAAAUGUGUGGAAAAGUGCAUUAGAGAAAUUGAAAGCAAUCCCUGAUAGCAAAAUUCAAAAGAUUCUAAGAAUAAGCUAUGAUUCCUUAGAAGAUGAUCAUGAUAAAAAUCUAUUCCUUGACAUAGCUUGUGUAUUCGCCGGGAAGGAUAAAGAUUACACAACUACAAUUCUGGAUGGUUGUGAUUAUUAUACAGCAAUUGGUAUCGAAAAUCUCAUAAAUAGGUCUCUUCUGGUUGUUAAUGAAAAAAACAAGCUGAUGAUGCAUCAAAUGAUUAGAGAUGUAGGAAGGAACAUUAUUCGUCAAGAAUCUCCUAACCUUGGGAAACGAAGCAGGUUGUGGCAUAAAGACGCAUUUGAUGCAUUGAAAGAAAAAAUUGGUACAAAAACAAUCAAGUGCCUCACCAUUGACCUACAAAGAUUGCUAGAGGAGAAGUAUGGAAAGAUAGUUGCAAAUCAUUCAAAAAAUUCAUUUCUCAUGUCAAAUGAGGUAGAUAUUGAAAUCGAUGCAUUUGCAAAGAUGCAGAGACUUAAACUACUUCAGCUAGAUUAUGUAAAACUUAAAGGAGACUACAGAGACUUCCCGAGAAGCUUAAUAUGGUUGAGUUGGCAUGGAUUUCCUCAAGAAUAUCUUCCUACAAAUUUAGAUAUUUCCAAGCUAGUUGUUCUUGAGAUGCUCAACAGUAGCCUCAAACGUGUUUGGAAUGAUACAAAGUACUUUCUUCCAAAUCUGAAGAUCCUUAAUCUCAGUCACUCCCAUGACCUUCUCAAAAUCCUUAACUUAUCAUGUCUUCAUAGUCUUGAGAGGUUGAUGUUGAAAGAUUGCACAAAGUUGAUUGAGGUCGAUCAAUCCAUUGGUGAGAUAAAGACUCUUACUAUUUUAAACCUUAAAGGUUGCAAAAGUCUUAGGAAACUUCCAAAGACAAUUGGUUCGUUAGAAUGUUUGGAAGAGCUUAUUUUAUCUGGCUGCUCAACACUUGAUGAUAUGCCUAGGGAUUUGCAGAAUAUGAAAUCAUUGAGGGUGCUUAACUUAGAUGGAACUGCUAUUUGUGAAUCAAAUUCAUGGUUGUCUUGGCUAUCACUUAAAAGAAGCAAAGAGUUGGGUUUCUUUUGGGCAUCUUUGCCAUGUUCUUUGGUAAAGUUGAGUCUUGAAAGUUGCAGACUAUCUGAUGAUGCUAUGCCCGCUGAUUUGAGCUACUUACCUUCCUUGAAAUCCUUAAAUUUAAGUAGAAACCCAAUUCGUAGCCUUCCUAAGAGUAUUAGCCGGCUUAGAAAGCUUGACGAACUUUUGCUAACUUGUUGCAAAGAUCUCCAAUGGCUUCCAAAGCUUCCAAUAAAUUUGAGUGGCUUGCGCAUGAAAAUGUAUCAAUCGAUGUACAGCUAUGCAAGUCUAUCACUCUUAUUGUCUUUGAAAAGGUUUAUUCUCUUUGGUUGUGAAAAGCUAACCGAGAUUGAAGGUGUGUUCAAGUUUGAACCAUUUGAAAACUUUGAAGUGGAGGAGAUCAAAUGCUUAUUCAAUAUGGACUCAAUCAGCAGCAUUCAAUUGCAAGUUUAUAACUAUCUUACGGACACAAAAAUGAUCACUACCCCACAGGUAUUUCAUGAGGGUGGCAUAACUAGCUGUUUCGUUUCUGAAAGUGAGGUUCCAAUCUCGUUUGAGCAUCGCUGUAAAGGGCCUAAAAUUUCUUUUUCAUUGCCACAAAAUCCUGGUGAAAAAGUUAGUUGGUUGAAUCUAUGCAUCAAAUAUUCUCUCGUGAGUGAUGAGAUAUUUGAAUUUCUACCAUCUGUGUAUAUUGUUAAUGAGACCAAGGAGCUGGUUUGGGCUUAUUUCUCAAGUUUCAUUGGAAUUCCUGAAACCAAAAGUGACACAAUCCUGUGGGUAAUCCACUGGCCAGUAAAGGAUUACCAGUUGGAAAAUGGCGAUUUGGUGAGCUGCAAAUUAAUAUCUUCUGGUUUAGAGAUAAAAGAAUUUGGUGUUACAUAUGUAGCAGAAAAGAAGGAUACACAUGAAGAUGACUCCCGACUUUACUAUCAAGGAAAUGAAGAUAUUUGGAGAAAGAUUAAGGUGAAAGUAAAUGAAGAGUUACUCAAUUUGGGCUCUAGUGGGAAUGUUAAAGUGCAAAUUUACAACUAUUUCGAGGAACCAAUAAUAGUUGCUUCCCCUCAGGUGCUAUAUGAUUGUGGGAUAAUUAGCAUGUUUGUUCCAUAUGACUUUGCAUGUUGGGGUAGGUACAGCCAUCAUGUUAUCGGGAAUAAGGUUUCAUUUACAGUGGCUCGAAGCUCUAGUCAACAAAUUUGUUGGAUAAACUUUAUGGUGGCUCUUGUUGCUGAAGACGAUCAAAUAUUUGAUUUUUUAUCACGUAUUGAGAUUGUCAAUGAGACCAAAUCUACUACAUGGACUUAUCAUAGACGUUUCACUGGAAUUCCUAAAGCCAAAAACGCCCUUUAUUGGUUAAGUUCUUGGAGAUUUAUGGGUGAAGAUGGUGAUCGAGUGAGCUUUACAGUGUUUUCUGAUUUAUACGUAAAAGAAUGUGUCAUUGAUCUCAUAUAUGAAUCAGAUGACAACCUUCUGCAUAAAUGCAACUCUACUUAUGAACAUUCGCCAGCUACAAGUGCAAUUUUUAGAUGGCUUUUUCCAGUUUUUGUAUACCUUUUGUUUAUGUCUCAAAGGAGUCUUUAUAGGAUUCAAUGUUUAGACAAAUGA